AUGGAAAGUGUUGUCGAGGACAACUCAUGGGAUAUCGAAACCAUGCUUCUUUGUUUUGCUGACGAUGAUGACAAUGAUUCGAUAUCUUCUUCUGAACAAGUACCAGAGGAUGUUUUUUCCUUAACCGAAAUAUUCACUGAAAGCCUAGUGGAGAAUGAGAUGAACGACAGGAACAAGAACAAGAAUGCGUUGAAUUUGUCAAGUUCGUUGGGGAAGAGAAAAGAAAGGAGAGAAAACAAUGUGGGUGAAGUUGUUGAUGAAGUGAUGGCAGCUUUGGAUGAUAAACAAGCUAGAUUAUCGGCAGUUAUUCAAACGCUGAACGCUGGGCUAGAAGAAGGUGGAGAAUUAGAUCAAGAGUUUUUGUCUCUUGAUGAUCAUGAAGGAAAUCUUGGGUUUGACAGGGAUUCAUCUCAUCAGACGGGUAUUCUAGAGGAUAAAUCUAUUGAAAUUCCAGACUUGGAGGACGGGCUCAGUUACGAGGAGAUGCUGGAAAUCUUAUGCAGUAAUGACGAUGAAGGAGACAUGUCUAUUGAUGAAUUUCUACUGCUACUUACCGACAUCAGAAGGUUUGAGGGACAUGAUUGA